AUGUCAAAUUCCUCCGCAGAAGAAGGAUCUCCAACCUCUACUUCGGGCGGCGGGCGACAUUUCUCCAUUUCGGCCGACAAAUUCAGCAUAGACAUACCCUCACCCAGCUUGCAACUCAAUACCAACGGCAGCCUGACGUCGCCGAACCCGCUCAAGUCGCCAACCACUCGUCGCGUUCAAAACUUUUCCCGUGAGGGCAUCCUGGGUUCAGCACAGAAAGCACGAAAUCUGUCACAGUCGUCGGGCGACAGGGAAUCUAUGACGAACGGCAUCCAAAACAGACAAAAUAAUACCGACGAUGGGAUUAAUCCUCUAAAACGAAGGAAUACGGAUGUCGGCAUUGAUUAUCCCAGGAGGAGGGCUACCAUAGCUUGCGAGAUCUGCCGCUCUCGGAAGUCGCGAUGUGAUGGAACGAAACCAAAAUGCAAGCUCUGCACCGAGCUGGGCGCAGAGUGUAUUUAUCGAGAACCGGGUAUCAAGCUUGAUGCGGGAGACAAGCUCAUAUUGGAACACCUCGCCAGGAUCGAGAACAUGCUUCAAUCGGGCUUCGUGGGCCAGACAUCCAACCUGGCCAUAUCUACCGGCUCGCCAUCCGUCAAUGGGGGGACAAACAUCAGCAGCGAUGAGGUGAUAAUGCAGAAUGGAGCCAACUUUGUCUCUAUGAUCCCCGCAACAGGUCUUGGUACUUGGACGACGCCGACGAACAUCUCCACCAUGCCAAAAAUUCAUACGAAUGCCGCACUGCACCUACUUCAAUGGCCAUUGAUCCGUGAUCUGGUCUCGAGACCUUACGAUCCCCAAAUUUUACUACAGCUUGAGAUGUCGCGAGAGCCUAUAACACUAUCAAAAACUCCUUGCCUUGAUCUUUCAAAUACAUCGACAUAUAUCGAAUCCUUUUUCGCCAAGGUCAAUGUGUGGUAUGCUUGUGUGAACCCAUUCAAUUGGAACGGCUACUACCGCACAGCGCUAUCAAACGGCUUCCGUGAGGGACCCGAAAGCUGCAUUGUUUUGCUAGUGUUGGCUUUAGGUCAAGCUAGUUGUACAGGAAGCAUUUCGAGAAUCCAAAACCUCGCCGACCCUCCAGGAUUACCCUAUUUUGCGGCAGCGUGGGCUCUCCUGCCUAGUUUGAUGACGAGAAACACUGUCCAGUCCGCCCAAUGCACGGUUCUUGCUUCUGCAUAUCUCUUCUACUUGGUGCGACCUCUGGAGGCAUGGACCUUGUUGAGCAGUACAAGCACAAAGCUUCAGCUUCUCCUUAGUGCUCCUGGUAGAGUUCCGGACAAGGAGAGGGAAUUGAUGGAGAGGGUUUAUUGGAAUGCGCUGCUCUUCGAGAGCGAUCUCCUUGCGGAGCUGGAUCUACCCCACUCGGGGAUUGUACAAUACGAAGAAAACGUGGGACUUCCUGGAGGUUUUGAGCAAGGGGAGGAGGAAGCUGCUGGACGAGAUGAACUGUGGUACUUUUUGGCCGAGAUUGCCCUCCGGCGGUUGCUCAAUCGCGUCAGCCAGCUCAUUUACUCCAAGGACUCGAUGGCAUCUACGCAAAGUUUGGAGCCAGUAGUGGCAGAGCUGGACUUCCAACUAACACAAUGGUACGAUAGCCUGCCACAGCCACUGCAAUUUCCUUACAAUCGAUCAUUGCUGCAAGAUCCGGUGCAAACCGUGCUACGAUUGAGGUAUUUUGCAUGUCGAACUAUCAUUUACAGGCCGUACAUCCUCGCGGUCUUAGACAAUGAGCAAGCGGCACUAGAUCCAUCUGUUCGAGAUAACUGCCGCAAAUGCCUCGAGGCAUCAAUUCGGCAAUUGGAGCAUAUUACUGCACAUCAUGCCGGCCAUAUACCCUACCUUUGGCAAGGCGCACUAUCAAUCGUCUCUCAAACGCUCCUCGUCAUGGGCGCUACUAUGUCGCCCUCUCUGUCAAGUAUUCUCUCGACGCUGGUACCUCAUCUCGACGCUGUGGAUGCCAUCAUCAAUGACGUCGUGGUGGAGGUCGAGCGAUACGUACAUCUAGCGCCAAGUCUCCGACUGUCUGCUGAAAUCAUUCGCGAAGCCGAAAUGCGACGACGCGCCUUCCUUGGGGGGUGA